GGACUACCACCGACAGACAGAACAAAGACUACAAAGGACAUUUUACUAUUCUAAUCUUUUCUGACAAAAAUGGCGCCUAAAAAGAAGAAAACGCAAAUAAAAAAGGUCGAGCGCGGUUAUGCUACGACAUCUAUUCCGAAGAAGGCACCCACUGCUGCUCCGCCAGCGGAAGAAUCGGCCGAAGCUCCAGAUACUCGUGAGGAGAAUGUUGAAAAAUCUGACGCAAUACCCUCGGUGUCCGCACAAGACGAGAAUGUGGCGGUCUUGCAACGCUUGGUUGACAAAUUCCAGGAAAAGACUGAGAAAGAGAUUACACGUACCCUGAAGUCGAUAGAUUAUGACAAGCGGAUGGCUAAGACCUUUCCGCUACUGGACGUCGACCAGACCGUUGUGGACGAGGUCAUCGAAUUAAUCGCUGCAGGGUAUUCUCAAGACAAACUAAAGCUUCCCGACAUGCCUCGCGACAAACUUACUAGUCAGAUAGGCAUUACAUACGGAGUCCUGCGACGUCUCGGCUUUUCCGAGGAAUUAGUAUUGAAGUGUCUGAGAGAAUCGUCAGGCGUUGAACUUGAGCAGGCUCUUGACUGGAUUUACGCACAUUGUUCCACUGAUGAGCUAGAUCUUCAAAGGCGCUUGGACGGUCCCUCUGAGGAUACGCUUCUCACGCCUCAGACUCCAGAUACGUCAACUUCGCCUGGUACACCACAAGAACAAACUAGGGUGGCACCUCUACCAUCUCCUUCUUUAAACAGUGGAAGCAAUGUCACAGCAUCGUUCAAUGCUCUCAAGCCUGGUGAACGCGUCGACGACUUCGGGUCAGAUGAGGGGUCGGACAUUGACGAUCCUAAUAUAGAGUAUGCUCGGUUGAAAUUGCGCAUCACCGACCUGACGGGUAGCCGAAGACGCAGCGAAGAAACUACGAGCAACGAGUUUCUUAGGAAACUUCAGGCCCGCCUCGAGAGCGUCAAAAAAGAUUACUUCUUCAGUGAAAAGGAAGCGGAAGCGAUGUUUCGGGAAAAACGGCGCGAGGCAGAUGAAGCAAAACUGCUUGCACGUCUUCGUGGAGAGACCGUCCCUAGUCCUGCCCCACCCAGACCUGCGAAGGAGGAUGUUGAAACGGAAGCGACUCCUAAAGAAGUUGGUCUGACUGACGACAUAUUCGAAAAUUCAGGGGACGAGGAUUCACCUGGUGGAAUGUUUGAGCUCCUAGAACCGAUGCCGACCACGGAAACCACCGCUGCGGGUACUACGGUCGUUGUAAGGGAUAUGGCAUUGCCUAAAUACUGGGCGGGUCGAACACCAAAGUCGUUGCUCCUGGAUUUCAUCACAAAGUCGGAUCGUCACACAGUUGUUACAUACACUGAUUUGUCGGGGAGCAGCAGAGCGAAGAGGUCGUCAGUACAUGUACAACGGACUGGCGGUCGGACCAGCCAAUGGGCGAUGGAAGAUGUGGCAUGUUAUGACCUUGUACAAGCGGAGCAUUACAUUGCUACUGUCGCUCUGCACUCCCUCACGUACCCAGGUAGCGAUGGUUUCCGAAUCUCUGUUGGGGAUCCGAAAGGCACGCAGACGUCAUAUAGGCAUCUACCACCCACAUUUAGAGAGUUAUGGAAUGAGCUUGAGGUGAAGUGUAAAGAAAACGAGGAUCGAUCGAACAGAAAUGUAUGGGAAUCUCUGACUGCGAUUUUGGAUCAGAGAUGGUUCGCACCUAAAAAAGGAGAGGACAAGGCUGUGAAAGCUCCUCUACCGAAAGAGAAUUCAUACUCAAAGGAGCGUACUGCACUCCGCCUUUCCGAAGAACAGCUAAAGGCAGAGUUCCGCGCGCGCCAAUCAAGUCGACCUUACCAAGAGAUGUUGAAACAACGUAACGCACUUCCAAUCGCAUCUUAUAGAAAAACGGUUAUAGAAAUGCUGGAAAUGUCUCCCGUCAUUGUCCUGAGUGGUGAAACAGGGUGUGGAAAAUCUACCCAGCUGCCAAGUUUCAUCCUCGAGGACCACUUAUCCAAUGGCCGACACUGCAAAAUCGUCGUGACGGAACCCCGCCGGAUUUCCGCUAUCUCUUUGGCGCAACGGGUGUCCAGAGAGCUAGGUGAUUCCCCCGGAGCCGUGGGGACAAGCACCUCUCUUGUCGGCUACACUAUUAGACUUGAAAGCCAGACUUCAAAGAACACGCGACUAAAUUUCGUUACAAAUGGAAUUGCUCUAAGAAUGCUCGAAGGAGGGAGCAGCAGUGAUGGUAAAGGCACGGCAUUCGAUGAUGUUACGCAUAUCGUCGUUGAUGAGGUGCACGAGCGAAGCAUUGACUCAGACUUCCUGUUAAUUGUCCUUAAGUCUCUUCUUCAAGAGCGACGAGACUUGAAAGUCAUUCUCAUGUCCGCGACGCUGGAUGCUGAAAAGAUUUCUAAUUAUUUUGGUGGAUGUCCAACGAUCCAAGUGCCUGGACGUACAUUCCCAGUUGAUAUUCGGUUCUUGGAGGAUGCUCUGGAAUAUACGCAGUGGUCAAUUUCGGACACGUCUCUAUAUGCGAAGAGAUUUAAUGACAGGUUUAAUCGUAACAAGACUGAAUGGUCAGAAGAUAUUGCGGACAACGCCGAAGACGCAGACGACCAGGAUGCCAUUCCGGGAACAGUGACAUUAAAAGGGCCCGGUUAUUCAAAAAGCACUGUUUCAACAAUGAAUCUUCUAGACGAGAGGCAGAUUCCUUAUGAUUUGAUCGUUUGCAUAUUGGAAAGAGUAUGCAGUGACCCCAUCCUCUUGGACAUGUCUCCGGCAUUCCUAGUUUUUAUGCCCGGGCUUGGGGAAAUUCGUCGUCUCAAUGACAUACUCUCAGAGCAUCCACUUUUUGGCUCAGACAAAUUCCAGGUUUUCCCACUGCAUUCUACAAUUUCAAGUGAGGAUCAAAGCUUGGUAUUCGAUAUUCCUCCACCGGGCAUCCGGAAAAUUGUAAUCGCGACUAACAUUGCAGAGACUGGGGUAACCAUUCCGGAUAUUACUUGUGUAAUAGAUUCGGGAAAACACCGUGAAAUGAGAUUCGAUGAGAAACGCCAGAUUAGCCGGCUUAUUGAAACGUUCAUUGCUCGAAGCAAUGCAGCACAACGGCGCGGCCGUGCAGGUCGAGUACGGUCUGGAUUAUGUUUCCAUUUGUUCUCAAAGGCAAGGCAUGAGUCGAUGGCAGAACAUCCGUUACCUGAGAUGCUGCGGCUUAGUCUAUCUGAUCUGGCUCUUCGGAUCAAAAUCCUAAAGGUCAAUCUCGGGUCCUCGAUCGAAGACGUCCUUUCCAAUUGUCUGGACCCUCCUUCGUCAAUCAACAUUCAGCGUGCCAAGAAUGCCCUGAUAGAGGUUGGAGCGCUUACAACAACAGAGGAUAUAACGUCCAUGGGCCGCCUUCUGAGCAAGCUGCCUACAGACGUACACCUCGGAAAAUUCAUGCUAAUUGCCGCAUCAUUCCGCUGCCUUGAUCCUGCACUCACGAUUGCGGCUACUUUGAACUCAAAAUCCCCCUUCGUCACACCAUUUGGUCUCGAACAAGAAGCAGAUAGAGCUAAGAAGAAGUUCAUGACAGGGGACUCAGAUUUCUUGACUCUGCACAAUGCUUUUGCAAGCUGGCGGAAAGCAUCAGCUAAUCCGGGUUUUAUUCGCAAGUUCUGUCGACAGAACUUCCUUAGUCAACAAAACCUGCAGCAAAUUGAAGAAUUGCGUCAGCAAUUCAUGGGAUACCUUGUAGACGCUUCGUUCAUCAAGGUUGGCAAGGAAUUCGUCCGUGAAUUAAGCCGUUCACGGAAUACGAGGGGUAACCGAACUCACUUUGUACCUGUUCCUAUCGAGUAUGAUCGAAACAGUGACGAAAACAUGGCUCUCUUAAAUGCCGCUCUUGCUGCUGGGCUGUAUCCAAAACUGUUGACUCUCUACAACUCAGGAGGCCGCCAGCAGCUGCAUACUUUGAGCAACAAUCAACCAGUUGCGUUCCAUCCCUCUUCGGUCAAUUUUAGGACACGUCCUCAAGACUUCGGAGUAAACUACUUGAGCUAUUUCACAAUAAUGCAAUCAAAGAGAAUGUAUGUUUGGGAAACCGGACCAGUAGACGACCUAGCAAUUGUGCUUCUCUGUGGUGACUGCGAAUUCAAGCUCAUCGCCGAUAGCGUAAUCAUAGACCGUAAAAUUCGAUAUCGCCUAACGCCGAAAGGAAGUGUUGCUUUGAAGUGCCUUCGUGCAAACCUCGCAAACAACUUGGUGACUCAGUUUCGGGGAAAGGAGUUGACAGAACGCCAGAUGAAGUGGAACGAGUUGGCGAUCCGUCUAUUAGCGAAGACGGAGAGUAACUCAGCACGGAAAGACGCAAACAACAGUAUCACAAUCCAAUGAGCGAGUAGACAACGACGAUCAAUAUUUAUCAUUGC